UUCGGUUUAGCCCCACCUAUUUUUUUUUUUGGGUGUGUGCGACUUGCAUUUGUUUACGCUUCUUAAAAUCCACAGAAAAGAUACUGCUCCGCUCCAACUGUUAUCCCCGAGAAUCAGGACAAGGACAGCAGCAUGCGCGAACUUAACAAGCAGCAGUCGCAGGACACCACGGACUCUGGUGUCGAGAAGGGAGAUUACCCGCGAGCCACAAACGGCGUUGUCUUUGGGGCCAUCGUCGCCUUCGCGAGCUUCUUCGUGCUGAUGAUGUCCUUCUGCUCGCCGUACUGGAUCGAGUCCUACGAGGAGACGCGGUCAAGCUUCAAGAACAUGGGUCUUUGGCAGUACUGCUUCAAGGACUUUGUGUACCCCAAGUACCAGUUUCCUAAGCAGUUCACCGGCUGCCACAACAUCUUCUCGCACGACUACUACGUUAUCCGUGAGUACCUGUUACCCGGCUGGCUGAUGGCGGUGCAGGGCUUCGUGACCAUGUCCUUCAUCAUCGUGUUUCUCGUGCUGGUCCUGCUUUCGCUGACCAUCAUCCGCCUUCCGCUGAAGCCCGUGCUGCAGUACGAGUGGCUGCUCGUCCGCCUCUCCUAUUUGGGCACCGCUGUCUCCUCUCUGUUCAUGUUUCUGGCCGUGUGCAUCUUCGGGGGCUGCGCCUACCGCCGCGACUGGUUAAUGUACCCCAAGUUCAACGUGCUGGGCUGGUCCUACGCCCUGGCCGUGGUCACCUUUAUACUCCUUGGACUGGCCGCCCUGAUUCUGCAGCGCGAAGCCCGGCAGGCCUACGAGGCUCGCGGCGAGCAAAAGAACCUGGUCAUGCAGAUGGAAAUGCAGGAGCCGGGCUACCAGCCGCCUCGCCACCACCACAGCCAGUCGCGCAGCCUGCAGGGCUACAUAUAAAAGCUGGCCCACCUGACAGCUCGCAGCUGGAUAAAUGCAUUCCACUCUACUUGGAUCCCUAGUUUAAGUUUCCCCAAGCAAUCUCGAGUUUUCUAACUUCGCAUUCGACGCCGUCCAAAGUGCCUUCAACGCUCCCCAGACUUUAACCAUCAAAUAUAUACAUAUUUAUACACUCCGAACUCCGACCAGUGCUUAAUGCUGCGGACUCGACCCGUCUCCAUUUAUACUAGAUACAUUGUAAUUGUAUUAAAGAGCACACAGUUAAAAAUAAGAUCAAUACGUUUUUGAGCCCGAUUUGAGCUUGUUCUAAGAUCCAUUUUAUAUUGCAUCUUAAAAUGAUCAUUUUUAUGUAGGCUUAAACUAUUCAUAUAGUAAAACAUUUUGUAAUUCACAUUUAUCAGCAAACUGGUGUGAAGACAUGUCAACAUUAAAUUUUACGUGUUGUUUGAA